GCUCCGUCACAUAACGCUUGAAACUCCAGGCUGCAGGCCCACCUGUCAGAGCUCGAGUCAAUCCGCCAGCUUUUCUCAACGCAUACGCACGUUCAGUGGAUGGCACUCAGCUUCAACACGCUGAAUCCUAAAGGGCAACGCGGUUUUGGAAUUGGCCCCGUGGUGGAUGCUGCGAUUGAGCAAGGGUAGGGCUGCGAAUUAAAGAUGCCGUCGCGCAAUCGGCAAGCGCAUUCAUCCGCAACGGAGGCAGCGGAGGAGGAACAGACCGGUCUUCGUCGACUCCGCUUCAACGAGCCGAUCUCAUGGCGGGCAGGCAGACAGAUUCUCGUGGCGGAUUUGCUUCGGCGACUGGAAUCUCUCGCUGCUGAGCUGCGGGAGCUCGACCAGGAAGAUACGGAUAGGGAUUCGUUGACAAAGGUCUCACAGGAGCUGGCGAGCGGACAUCUUCUCGGACACAGAGAUAAAGGUGUCAGAGCCUGGACAGCAUGCUGUGUGGUGGACAUAUUGCGCUUAUGCGCGCCGGAUGCGCCGUUCACUGCGAACCAAUUGAAAGAUAUUUUCACCAUGAUCGUCACUUCUAUAAUACCCGCUCUUGCAAAUCCGUCCAAUGCCUAUAAUGACCAGCAUGUCUACGUUCUAUCAUCGCUAGCCGAGGUCAAAAGUAUCAUUUUGUUGACCGACCUUGAUGCGCCUGAUACGUUGAUCCUCCCGCUCUUCUCGUCUUGCUUCGAUAUCGUCUCUGGAUCGUCGAAGGCUUCCACUGGUGAACCUUUAGCCAAGAACGUGGAGUACGACAUGAUACGGCUUCUAGUGCCCGUUAUUGAUGAAGCAUCCAGCCUUGCCCCAGAAGUGGUGGAUGCGAUUAUUGCCCAAUUUAUUCGUGUCGAUCCACGACUUCUGGAUGGUUCCGGAAAUUCCAAAACUAAAAAAGAUGCCGUGGUUGAUACGAAGCAGGCAACUUUAUUGAUGAAGGAUUAUCCUCCGGCAUAUAAUAUGGCAAAGGCCAUAUGCAACGCAUGCCCUGAAAAGAUGACGAGCUAUGUUAGUCAAUAUUUCAAUAACGUUAUCAUCGAUGCGUCGGAAUCAACGUCCAAUGGACACUCAAAGCGCCAUCGUCAUAUUGAUCUUGGCGAUUCCGACGAGGAGGGAGAAAAUGUUAAAGAAUUAGACAAGGCACAUCGAUUGAUACGGGAAUUAUGGCGUGCUUGUCCAGAUGUUUUGCAAAAUGUGAUACCCCAGCUGGAAGCAGAGCUUUCUGCGGAGUCGAUGUCCCUUCGAUUGCUUGCGACACGGACAAUCGGCGAUCUAGCUUCUGGUAUCGGCGUGGCAGGACCGCCUCCGCCUGCGUCCAUGGAUCCAGCUGCAUAUCCUCCAACGUCACUGAAUAGCGAAUCUGGAUCUGAAAUUUCGACUUCCUCGAAUGCAUUAUUAACGCCUUUGUCUCCCAGGCCUUUUUCGCAAGCCCAUUCUGCCGCAUACGAAAGCUUCCUAACCCGACGACAUGAUAAGUCCGCAUCAGUGCGUGCUGCCUGGGCUACUGCGAUUGGGCGGAUUUUACUCACUUCUGCCGGUGGCUCGGGUUUGAGCGAUGACGAGGAGAAAGACUUGAUGGAAGGGCUUAAAAGGAUGCUAGUAGACGCCGACGAGAAGGUUAGGAUUGCAGCUGUGAAAGUUCUUGGAACUUUCUCCUUCCCCAACGUGAUUAGAAAGCUUGGUAUAGAUGGCGGGCUCUCGGAAUCGGACUCCCUUCUCUCCACUUUGGCCGAACGAGUGAAAGAUCGAAAACAUGCCGUUCGUCAACAUGCUAUGACCAUUCUCGGAACAAUGUGGGCCGUAGCCGCGGGGGAGAUUGAGGUGAAUAAUGAGCUGGUUGUCCCCAUCCUCAAAGACGCUCCGUCAAGGAUACUCGAAGCUUAUUACACCAAUAUCAAUGAAGUCCACGUUCUUCUUGACCACGUCAUAUUCGAAAUCUUACUUCCCCUGACCUAUCCUCCGCUUAAAAUGAAACGCUCGAAAACCGAGUCAAGCCAGUCGCGAAAAGCAAAAUCCUCCGAGGAAGAGCAAAUUGACCCAGAGGCCAUACGUGUCCGCCGAAUCUUGACCUUGGCGAAGAAUUUAGACGAAAAGGCGAAGACAAUACUCUUUGCUCUUCAAGGUCGACAAUUGAAUAUGAGGACCUUUGUGAGCUUCUAUCUACAAGCCUGCGAGGAAUAUAAUGGAGGCGUGAUGGAUAGCAACGAAGAUGCGAUCAAGACCAGGUUGACGAAGGUUAUUGAUUCUUUAUCGAAGACUUUCCCUGACUCCUCGCUUGUAUCGGCCGACCUGUGGAAAUUUGCAAAAAUGCAUGAUCGCCGCAGUUAUCAGCUUAUACGUUUUGCCAUGGCUGCUACAUCGGACUACCGAACUGUGACCAAAGCCAUUAGAGAGCUAACAAGUCGUAUCCAAUCAAACACCUCGGCCACUUCAUCCAUGCUUGGAAACCUUCUUCCGUUGGUCUAUCGGAGUAGCUCCUUGAUCUUCAACCGAAGCCAUGUACCCGCCACGAUGAAAAUAUCGAGAACUGACGAGUUGGGAUUGGGAAAUAUAGCACACGAGAUGUUACGAGAGAUUUCGUCACAUAAUCCGGAGGUGCUUGAAGCACAUGUACAGGAAAUGUGCAAAGAUUUAGAAUCCCAUGCUCCUACAGCUAACCUCCCAGACGACCCAGGUGUGGAGGAGAUCCUAAAAGCUUGUGCGGGGUUUGCGAAGAAACUCCCGAAUAAGCUACCAAAGGAACGAAAGUUCUUAGCUGCACUGUCAAACUAUGCGUUAUACAGCUCAUAUCCUCACGCGGCUAAAAAUGCGGUUACGAUUCUCAUGGCCGCUGCGGAGACGAAGGAGAUGUACGCUAGGGAUCUGAUCAAAAAGAGCAUCCACGGGUGUUCAUACGGCGCUGAACACUUCCUUACCAAACUUGCUACGAUCUCACAGCUAAACCUCCUUGUCCCACGAGAAGUUGAUGAAGAAGGGGAUACGGUCCUCGAUAUUGCGACCAAGCAGAUCCUGCUCGCUAACCUUAAUCCUGAACCGGAUUCGGAAUAUGCAUGGUCUGCCACUAUGGAUGAAGAGACCUCAGCGAAAGAAUGGGCGCUCAAAAUCCUUGUGAACCGGAUCCGGUCAAAAGAAAUCUCCGAAGAAGAUGAAAGCCACUUUCGGGAAUAUGCCCAACCUGUAUAUACUAUUCUCAACACCCUCAUUGCGAACUGGGGUGAGCUCUCUAAAGCGAGAGAUACCCCUGCGUCUCAGAAGUCAAGGCUUCGCCUUCUGGCUGCGAAAUCCGUUCUUAAAUUAUGCGCAGCUCGCCCCCUGUGCGAUCGGAUGCUUACUGCCGCCCAUUUUAACUCGCUUGCCCUAGUUGCCAUGGAUCCCCUGUUAGAAGUGAGAUCUGAAUUUAUAUCCCAGCUGAAAAAGAAACUGGUGCAACCACCGCAUCUUUCUCCUCGUUGGUAUGCUAUCACAUUUUUACUAGCGUUUGAGCCAGUUACCAGCUUGUAUGAUAGCACCUUGACCUGGCUCCGGUCCCGCACUGCAUUCUUCUCUCGACAAGUCCAAGGCAAAUCUCCAGAACAGCAGACACUAAUGGAGUCUCUCUUUGCACGCCUCCUGUCUCUCCUUGCCCAUCAUCCUGAUUAUCCACCUGAGGACUCCGAUGAGUCGACUAAAGCUAAGGACUUACUCGAUUUCACGCGCUAUAUCCUAUUUUACCUUACUGCAGUUGCAAACGAAAACAAUCUUUCUUUAAUUUUCCACAUUGCCCAACGCGUGAAGCAGACGCGAGAUGCAAUAUCGGAGACUGAGUCGGAUGUGAUAUCCACCAGACUUCAUACGUUGUCCGAUCUUUCACAAGCCACAAUACGCCGCUUUGCAGAGGUAUAUUCCCAACAGCACAAGAUUGGCGGCAGCAGCGGAAGUGGAGCUGCAAAUAUCCUACAGACAUAUCCAGGCAAGAUGAGACUUCCCGGUUCUUUAUUUACUACACUCAGCAGCCAUCGCGAGGCUCAGGAGAUCGCCACGAAAAAUUUCCUGCCGCAAGAAGUCGACGAGCGCUUAGAUAAGAAAGUUCGAGAUUUUAUGAGGCCUAAAACGCACGCAGGCAGAAAACGGAAAGUUGAGCUAGGACAUGGCGACAAAAGCCGCGACGAAGCAAUGGGAUCUGCUAAGAAGCCACGCAGGGAGAAAAGUAGCCGGAGAAAGUCAUCUUCUGGAACAGCCGGAACUAAGCCUACCAAACGGAGAAAAGCAGAUGAAGAUGAUUGGGAGAGUGACGGCGGAGAGACUCGCAAGAAAUAUUCCGGUUCCUCUUCUUCUGCUGCUCGACGACGAAGUGGUCGCGGAUUAACGAAGACGGAUAUCAAUUACGCCGAAGAAGAUAGUGAUGAGGCUGAUAAGGAGAUGGAAAAAUGGAAUACAAGCCAUGGUCGGAAGGAAAAGGUGGAAAAUAACCAUGACUCUCCCGAUUCAGAUGAUGAAGAGCAGCUGUCCGAGCUUUCCUCCAACAAUAGCGAUAAGGGAACACCGCCAUCAGACGAGGAGCCCGACGAAGACGCUGAUAUGAGCGGCGUCGAGAAGUCGUCUACACCGCCUCCCCAGGCUCGAAGAAGCUCCAGAUCUAAAAUUUCGCUGUCCCCCGUCGUCCCAAAAGCCGGGAGGGGCAGGCCACCAAAGUCAAGACCGAAGGAAGUGGAAGAAAAAUCAGCGAAGAAGAAAACUGCAGGGGGUAGAGUGACACGUCGAGGUCGUUGAAGUGUGAUAAUUUCCUAUAUAAUCCACUGUUGACUAUAUACGUGGUAGCUUCCUGGCAGCAAAGCCUUGUGUUUCCCUUUUCUACGUGUUCCACCCCGAAACUAUUUCCGAUGUAUAUGUGCCAUAUUUCCCAGUGAUUCUCAUCUUCACUUUGAUUUUAGGGUCGAUUUUUCACUACGAGUGAGUAGUUAUGCGGCUUGAACAGUCUCCCUUCCGUCGACUAGCUAGUCAGUUCUGAGGUUCUUCAAGUGCAAAUCUAGCGGUUCAUGUAUGAUGUUAGCAGCCUUUACAGAUUAAAUAUGACCCUGUGUUUUCCCUAUGCCUACGAUGCGCGAAGCUUCUGGGAAGAUUCGAGUUAGCCAA